UUGCUGUAGUUCUUCAGUCAGUCUGAUGGGGUUUUAUUCCAGCGCUUGUGAUGAUAGUGUGUGUUCACAGAUGGCCUACAGGACAAGUUUUCAAUGAAUAUUCUGGGUCUUUACAACCAAAUGGCCAAAUUUACGGCAAUCAUGGAUAUAAUUCGUUUGUUAUGGAUAAUACGGAUUGUGUGGGCUGUUGAAGAUGUGUUGAUGGACUCCACGACGGCGACUGCAGAGCUGGGCUGGACGAUAUAUCCAUUACUCGGGUGGGAGGAAGUGAGUGGCUAUGACGAAAACAUGAGCACCAUCCGAACCUACCAGGUGUGCAACGUCUUCGAUGCCAACCAGAACAACUGGGUGCGCACCAAGUACAUCCGGCGGCGAGGAGCGCAGCGGAUCCACGUGGAGAUGAAGUUCUCGGUGCGAGACUGCAGCAGCAUCCCCAACGUCCCUGGUUCCUGUAAGGAGACCUUUAACCUGUACUACUUUGAGUCUGACUCUGACAUAGCCACAAAGGUGUACCCGGCCUGGAUGGAGAACCCUUGGAUCAAGGUGGACACCAUUGCGGCCGACGAGAGUUUCUCUCAGGUGGACCUGGGUGGGCGCCUAAUGAAGAUCAACACGGAAAUGCGCAGCUUCGGGCCAGUGUCCCGUAAUGGCUUCUACUUGGCUUUUCAGGAUUAUGGAGGUUGCAUGUCGCUCAUCGCCGUGAAGGUUUUCUAUCGCAAGUGCCCCAGAAUUAUUCGCAACGGGGCUGUCUUUCAGGAGACCUUAUCGGGGGCGGAGAGCACCUCUUUGGUGUCCGCCAGAGGCACUUGUAUACCUAAUGGAGAAGAAGUAGAUGUUCCCAUUAAACUGUACUGUAAUGGAGACGGGGAAUGGUUGGUGCCCAUCGGACGCUGUGUGUGCAGGGCAGGGUACGAGGCUGUGGAUAAUGGGACUGUGUGUAAAGCAUGUCCUUUUGGAUUCUUCAAAGCGUCUCAAGGGGACCAAGAAUGUCUCCAGUGUCCAAUCAACAGCCGAACCACCAAUGAGGGUGCCACCAGCUGCGUCUGUCGCAGUGGAUAUUACCGAACAGAUUCGGACCCUCUUCGGAUGCCCUGUACCACGGUGCCCUCUGCCCCCCAGCGGGUGAUAUCUAGUGUGAACGAGACAUCCCUGCGUCUGGAAUGGGAUACUCCCAGAGAGAGCGGUGGUCGGGAAGACGUUGUCUACAACAUCAUCUGCAAGAGCUGCGGCUCCGGUCGAGGGGCCUGCACUCGCUGCGGUGACAAUGUGCAGUUUUUACCCCGGCAGCUUGGCCUGACCGAGCCCUGGGUUCAUAUCAGAGACCUGCUGGCCCACACCCAGUAUACUUUUGAGAUCCAGGCUGUGAAUGGAGUCUCUGACCAGAGCCCCUCAUCUCCUCAGUUCACCUCCGUAAACAUCACAACAAACCAGGCUGCUCCAUCUGUUGUGUCCAUCAUGCAUCAGGUCAGUCGAACUGUGGAUGGUAUCACAUUGUCUUGGUCACAACCAGAUCAGCCCAACGGAGUCAUUUUGGACUAUGAGCUUCAAUAUUAUGAAAAGAAUACAGCCGAGUCAAACUCCUCUCUACUACGGAGUCAGACCAACACAGCAGAUAUUCGGGGUCUGAAGCAAGGGACCAUCUACGUGUUCCAGGUGCGCGCCCGUACAGUGGCUGGCUUUGGCCGCUUCAGUGGAAAGAUGUACUUCCAAACAAUGACUGAAGAGGAAUAUAACUCCAGCCUGCAGGAAAAACUGCCUCUUAUUAUUGGCUCGGCUGCUGCUGGCGUUGUUUUUCUCAUCGCUGUGGUUGUGCUCAUUAUUGUCUGUAGUCGCAGGGGCAGUGACAGGACGGAUUCAGAAUACACAGACAAACUACAGCAUUACACCAGCGGCCACAUGUCUCCAGGAAUGAAGAUCUACAUUGAUCCUUUUACAUACGAGGACCCCAAUGAGGCAGUGCGCGAGUUCGCCAAAGAAAUAGACGCGUCCUGUGUGAAGAUCGAGCAGGUUAUUGGUGCAGGUGAGUUUGGAGAGGUAUGUAGUGGGAAUCUCAGACUUCCUGGCAAGAGGGAGAUGCUGGUAGCUAUAAAGACUUUAAAAUCAGGCUAUACUGAGAAACAGCGACGGGACUUUCUGAGUGAAGCCAGCAUCAUGGGCCAGUUUGACCAUCCGAACAUCAUCCACCUGGAAGGAGUGGUGACCAAGAGCAUCCCGGUUAUGAUCAUCACAGAAUUCAUGGAGAAUGGAUCACUGGACUCAUUCCUUCGACAAAAUGAUGGCCAAUUCACAGUAAUUCAGUUGGUGGGCAUGUUGCGUGGCAUCGCAGCUGGCAUGAAGUAUCUCUGUGACAUGAAUUAUGUACAUCGCGAUCUGGCUGCCCGCAACAUCCUGGUGAACAGCAAUCUAGUCUGCAAAGUAUCCGACUUCGGGCUCUCCCGCUUUCUGGAAGAUGACACGUCCGAUCCCACAUACACAAGUGCUCUGGGAGGGAAGAUUCCAAUAAGAUGGACAGCUCCCGAAGCCAUCCAGUAUAGGAAGUUUACCUCUUCCAGUGAUGUCUGGAGUUAUGGGAUCGUGAUGUGGGAGGUCAUGUCCUAUGGAGAGAGGCCGUAUUGGGACAUGAGCAAUCAAGACGUCAUAAAUGCAAUCGAUCAGGAUUAUAGAUUACCGUCUCCUAUGGACUGUCCUAAUGCACUGCACCAGUUAAUGCUGGACUGCUGGCAGAAGGACAGAAACAAUCGUCCAAAAUUCAGUCAGAUUGUCAACACUUUGGAUAAGAUGAUCCGUAAUCCUGGAACCUUGAAGGCCACCACCCCGCUAUCCUCAGGCGUUCAUCUACCUCUGCUGGACCGCAGCACACCAGACUUCUCCAGCUUCAGCACAGUGGACGAGUGGCUGGACGCCAUCAAAAUGGGCCAGUACAAGGAGAACUUUGCCAAUGAAGAUCUCGCCACCUUUGAAGCUGUUUCUCAAAUGACCAUGGAUGACAUCCUGAGGGUGGGAGUGACAUUAGCCGGCCACCAGAAGAAGAUCCUUAACAGCAUUCAGAUGAUGCGGGCACAAAUGAACCAGAUCCAGUCUGUGGAGGUUUGACUCUGUGCACACGGGACCCUUUGCUUGGUUCUGUAUCCAGAGCUCAGCAGUGGUCUCUUUCUCUGGGGAAGAUUAAAAACAGGUGUCCAAAUGGGAAAGGAACAUCCCCACGAGGCCUUUUGCACACCAGUAAACCACCAGCACACUAUAGGCAAGCUGAAGUCUUUCCAAUGGCCAAUUAUUUCACAGCAUAAAACAAGUAUUCAUAAAUGUGAUUUCAGUAUUAUCUGUGACUUUGCAGCAUUUUAAAUUAAACACAAGUCACAGUUCUUAUGGAAAUGUUUGCUGAAGUAUUUUCAACGGACAGCUGUUUUUAAUGGACAAUAGCAGCAUACAAAAUUAGCCAUAAAAUGCUUUAUAAAUGUAUUUAUAUACUGCAUCGCUUACUAGCCAUUUAAGAAAUUAAUCUGAUUUAUUGAGGCGACCUGGCUAAAAAACGGCACCCUCAGCAAAAACUGUAAUGACAUAUAGUACUGUGCAAAAGUCUUAGGCCACCAUCACCAGCUUUUUAUUAAGAUACAAACAGAAAAUACAGGAAAUAUGUACACAAAAUUGAAAACAAAAAAUUUUUUGAACUAAAUGUCUUCGUCAGGCAUCAGUCAGUAUUUAGUGUGACCCUUUCUUGGCACGAAACACAUCUUGAGCUUUUUUGAGGAGACUGAAGUCAUUCGAUUAGAAUUAGAAAUUAGGAUUUAAUUUUAUUUUGGUUUAAGAGAUCCUGCAGCUGCCUUCUAUUGCUCACGUGGAAGGGGAGUUUACCCUAAAUCAGUGGUUUUCAUCUCGCGGCCCCCAGUUUUAUGACAUUUUAUGAAAUACAUUAAUUUAUCGUGAAUUCUGUGUAAUUAAAUCUAAAAAAAUAAGGCUACUAACCAAAAGCACUACUGUUUUUUUUAUUAAAAUUUUGAGUUUUAGAACAGUUUUUUGUCACAAAUUUUCUUUGGGGGGGCCACGAAGGAAUGUACCUUACACAAGGGGGGCCGCACGCUGAAAAAGAUUGGGAACCACUGCCCUAAAUACUUGACACUUCAGCUUAUACUUUUAUACUCUUUUUAAUACUACAUACACAUUUCAUGUAUUUUCUGGUUGUAUUCUAAUAAAGAGACUGAGAAAUAACUAUAUUGGUGAUUCUCGCGAAAUUAGACUUAUGAGGUGUCAUGAAACAUUUUGAUAAAAAAAGUAAAUGCAAAGUAAGAGUAUCAAAAUAAGAAGCAUACAGUUACAAACAUCUCUUCAUGUACUAUUUUGCACAUGAUUUCAAAUAACAUCAAACAAACCAAUUUUGUUGUUUUUUCCACAUUUAAGGGGAAAUUUUUCAUUACCGCAACGUAUGGGUUCUUUGACAUGGAAAUAUUUAUAUAUAUAUAUUAAAAAAUCUAAAAAAUAAAAACCUUCAGUGCAUUUACAGUAAAGAAACGUGAUAUUUGGUGAUCACAGCCAAAUGUAGAGACAAUAAUAAGGAAUAUAAGUGUGUCCAAGAAAAAAUUUCUCAUCCUCCGCAACAAUUUUCAAUCAUUGUUUAAGCCCUCAAUGAACUAACAUUUCAUCUCCAGAUAAAAGUUAAAAUUUAGUUUGUCAUAGUACCUAGACAACUUUUUAGUUUUCAUUACCGAAACAUGAGUUUGUAAAUGCAUAUAUUUAAUGUAAUAUCAUGUUGCGGUAAUGAUAAUUUUUGAUAAUGAUAAUCUAAAAAAAGUAAAUAAUUCUAUACAGAAUAUUUUUUAAAUCCUCUAAAAAUAAUGGUUAUAGUAAGUUCAGACCUUAAUCUUAAAUGUGCAAAAAAAUUUGGCUUCAAUGGCUUUUUUGAAAAAUCUGAUGCUGGACACCUUCUAAGUCUGCAUUUCGUGAGAAUCACCCAUAUAUGAUCACUAUACAAUUCUAAUGGUAACAUGGUGGCUUAAGACUUUUGCACAGCACAGUACGUACAUUACACUAAAGUUUAUUAUGUUAAGUUUAAGUGCACCCAUUAUACUAUUAAAAGUUUGAAUGUUACGAUACAGUAUAUAAAAGAAAACUGUACAUAAUGCAGUCAGAAUAUCAUCAUGUUUGGUAUGACAAACAUACAGAAUACCAGGGAUGUCCAUAGGCCUACAUGUAAAUGUAGCCACUAUUACAUAUGAUUUCAUGCAGUUGUUUCAAGUAGUUGCUUUUUUGUGGAUUACAUCUCUUUUUGUAAAUGGACAGGCUGCCCUAGUGACUUCAUGAAACAAUAUUUAUAUUUGCCCUCUUUUUUAUAUGAUAUGGAAUCACAUUCAUCACAUUAAUGCAGACGAUUUUUACCAGGAUAAGUGUGCAUUUAAAAAAGACUGUGAACUAAUAGGAUAAAAAGGAAAAACAGUUACGCACGUGUGAUACUCAUGUGUAAUGAGGAAUCAGCCAUGUAAUGCAUUUUGAGCUGACACCAUUAGCCAAUUUAAAGACUAUUAUAAAAUUUCAGCUCUGUGAAUAUGAAACAAAGUGACCAGCACUGGUUCAAUAUGCUUUUUUGUAUAAAAUAUUGUCUUUUUUAUGGGUUUUAUUUAUUUGUUUUAUACUUAUUAUCAUCACUUUCCAAUUUACAUGUCAGUCACCUUAACAUGUAAUGCAUUGUUGUACUACAUACAUUAUGUUCUGGUCACGCACGCAUAUUACAGUCCGCUGACAAAAUUCAGGCCAGAUUUUACCUACUGAUAUUAGCUUCAUUCCCAAUGUUUGUGUUCUUUAGUCACUAGUAAAUAUUGCAGUUCAUUUUCAUCAUGCAAUAUGUGAUGAAGUCCCCCCAUUUUCCUAUUACUUUUCCUAAUGCUAUUAUACUUGCUUCACACACACAAAAAGGCAGCUUAUGAAACUAAAAGACAAUUUCACAUUGUAAAACAUUUUAAUAUGCUUUAUAAUAGGAAUUUGUGGAUUUAAUUAUCCAUAUGUUUCUUUAAUAAUACAGUUUUGUCCAUCUGUGUCAGAAUUUUAGUGUUAUGGUGAAGAUAAUUUUAACAGUAUGAGCUUGGACUUCACAGACUUCACAGAUCGCCCUUCUGGAUUUUUACAAACUGGUGUUUUUUUAUCUUGACCCAUUUGACAUUUUAAUGUAAAGUAUUUUACAGAAUAAAUGUUUGCUUGUUUCUUCUCAGUACUUACAGUUAGUGCAGCGCAUUUGUAACCCCAAAUAGAUGUUGAGUUGACACUUUAA